AUGACAAGAGAGUCACCAGAAGCGAGGGCUCUGCAUGAUAUUUCCGUUAUUUUUUGGAACGAAAUCUCUAUGGUGCCCAAGUGGACCUUGGAGGCGGUGGAUCUUUCGUUAAGAGAUAUCAUGCAGAAUGAUUCGCCUUCCGGAGGCAAAAUUAUGAUAGUAGGGGGAGACUUUCGACAGGUCCUCCCAGUUGUUGAAAGAGGGCGACAAGAAGAUUGGAAAACGCAUGCAUAA